AUGGGGUCGCACACGCUCACGGCACCCGUGCGCGUGUUCUCGUGGACCGCGCGUCUCCUGGAGCUCGUCUUCCUGGCGCUGCUCAUCACCUUCGUCGCCUACCUCUCCAAGGACCAGACCGCCGCGCCGCUCGCCGUGUACGGCGGGCUGUCCGCGUGCUUCAACUGCGACAACGGCUGGAACUGGCACGUGCUACUCAUGGGCAUCGCCUUCGGCAUCGCCAUGACCGAGUCCCUCCUCACCUUCUGCUCCUCCUCUCUCAGGGCGACCGGGUAUGCCAAGUGGGUGCAUCUGGCGUGGCAGACGAUCGCACUCAUUCUGACGGCAGUGGCGAUGGCGGCUAUUAUUGUCGCCAAGGGGACGGAGCACAAGCACAUGUACUCUGUGCAUACCUACUGUGGCGUGCUCACGCUCGCACUCUUUGCUGUCCAGUUUUUUUGGGGGCUGUGUGCGUUUGUGCUCUUCAAAAGCCGCCUGUCGGAAGCCACGCGGUACCAGAUGGGCACCUACCACAUCCUGCUCGGCAAGUUCACCUACUAUGCUGGCAUCGGCACGUGCGUGGUGAGUGUGACACUGCAGGUAGUACCACUGAGCAUUCUGUCACUGCCGCACUGCACUGUGUGGGUGCUGAAGCCACGCGGUAGUACCACUGAGCAUUCUGUCACUGCCGCACUGCACUGUGUGGGUGCUGAAGCCACGCGGUACCAGAUGGGCACGUACCACAUCAUCCUGCUCGGCAAGUUCACCUACUAUGCUGGCAUCGGCACGUGCGUGGUGAGUGUUUCAGCAGUCACCUGA